AUGAAAUCAAUAUAUAGUUGUACAAUAUUAAUAAUCAUUUUACUGUCACAACUCGAUAUAUUCACUUUCGUCGAGUAUGCUUCCGCAAAUAGUGGUUCGGGAACUCCUAUUGUAGUUAACAUUGAUUCUAAGAGAUCAACAAACCAAGUUACUUUUGAAGAAAAUAAAAAGAAGAAACGUUCAAUAUAUACUUGUAAAUCAGGAUUUCUGAUCAAACAAAUUACAUCAGGUGGGCAAACUUUAUGGCAAGCCAAGGAUAGGGUAUAUGCUGACAGAAUAGCAUUUGCACUAGAUGAGAAAGGUAAACCCAAGGCCAAGAUUUUGUAUCCAGGAGACCCUGCUUUUGAUGUAAAUGACGGUGAAGAUGCCUCUGAUGAUGAAGGUGAAGGUGAGGAUUCCGAUGUAGAAGGUGGAAAGAUUACAAAUGAUCAACCAGCCAAGAUUAAGGCUAAAGCCGCAGCUGCUGCUAAAACGGCUGCUACUCCACAUAAAGUCAAAGCAAUUCCAGUUGCUGCUGAAUCUGGUGGUGGUAAAACAUUGGACAUACCAUUAGGUGAAACAUCACAGGAGGAGGAUGGGGAUAAGGAUGAUGGAAUUAUUGUAGUAGAACAGAAGAGAUCACCAUCAAAGACUUCAACGGCGCACAUAGUUCAUAGCUCAGCACCAAAAGUCACUGCAGCACAAGCAGCAGCUCCAAUAUCAUUCCAAGCACCGACCCAACCUAAAUACGCGGUGUCAACAACAGAAGUAAAGAAAACAGCAGGAGCUCCUGCAGCACCAGUAUCAGGACGGCAAAAUGCUAAAGCUGAUUUGAUGGCUCAACUUCAAAAAAUGGCCCAAGAGAUGAACAAUGAAAUUAGUCAACUGACAGCUGAAGUUCAGAGGAGGCAAGCAGGAGGAGCAGCUGCGCCUCCAGCAUCAGUAUCAACAGCAGUACCAGCAGCCCCAGUAGCAACCGCAGCACCCGCAGCACCCGCAUUUGCAGCUCCACCAGCCGCACAUGUUCCUGCACCUGCAGAAGAGUUUGAAGUGGUGGAUGCACAACCACCAGCACCUCCAAAGAAACAAUAUGUAACUUCAGUGGAAGUUGUGCAGAGACCUCCCAAAGCAAAGGCACAGCCUGCGUUCACCCAUGCGCAUAUUCCAGCAGAUGUGAAGGUGGCAGCAGAUACAGGUUUCGCUGCACACCUAGUGGAUGGUGCGCACCAAGUGAAACAAGGUGAAUUUCAAGGAGAUAAAAUCGAGCUAUUACAUCACAAGGUCGACAGAGUUUAUUCAGAACUUGCAAUAUUGCGUCUCGACCAUGCAAGAAUGAACGCAAAGCUUGACGCGUUCAUUGCAGCACUCUCAACAGGUGGGUCAAUGGCCACAGCAGCCGGCGCUGCAGCUUCAGCAGUGUCUCAUUCUGCACAUGCCGGUGCUCACAUACCCAGGUCGGCUGGAGAUGAUGCAAUCACUGCAUAUCAGCUUGCAGCUGAAUUCCCAACAGGAUGGCAUGGGCACAGCUUUGCAAGAACCGGUUUAAAGGUUGAUUUAGCACAACUCCCUAGUUCAACUGCUGACUAUGAUGUAAAGGAACAGGGUGAUAUUGUUACAUUAUUAUUCAACAAGGGAAAAAAUGCAGAUGACGUCAGUUGUGCUGGAGCUUCUGUAUGGGACUUUUACCUCAUGAAGUCAGAUUCCAGUUAUCCCUCUUCUUUGAGAUACAAUAGGAAAACAUUAAAAAUUUUAUUAAACUUUGACAAAUUCUUAAUUCUUUAUGAGAAGGAUAGUGACGGCAAAUGGCAAGAAGCAAAGAAAAUGGAAUUAAGUGCCGUGGAUUUGAUUGUAAAGAAAUCUGACUUUACAAAUAAUGAUUAUAAAUUUAAUGCAGACAGUUCUGAGAAAAGAUAUACUUAUGAAGCUAAAGAUGGAAAGGCAUUUAAAUCUGUUAAACAUGAAGACAUGGAUGUUUGGAGGACGCAAAGCUUAAUUGAUUAUGCAGUUAAGGUUGAAAUGAAGGAAUAUAUCGAUAACAUGAUGGAUAUGACAUUACAUUUCAUAGAUAGAUCGGUACUGAAGUACGUCAAGGAAUCAGCAGCAGCAAAUUGGGUGUUCGUUGACCCAAGCACGGUGACAGCAGCGUCUGUGAAUGUGUUUAGUUCAGAGGAGACUUAUUCUUACACAAUUUCUAUUGAUACAAACGGAGUCAAGUCAUUCAAGGCAAAUGAAGGUUUCAAAUUUAACAAGGUUAUUGCAAAGCAGGGAACGACAUUCAAGACUGUAUGUGAAACCCAAAAUGAACUUAACUUCGCAAGUAGAGUUGACUUUGAUGCAAUGGGAGCAACAAGAAAAAUCACACUUCACUACGGUGUGGGAACAGCUGUAUCAAAGAAGGUAUUUGAGGAGACAGCUGUGGGAUGGAAAGCAGAAGGUUCUGCAGGCGCACCAGCACAUCAAGCAGCAUCCACAGGUACAUCUGGUUUAUCAGCAUCUUCAUCUACGACACCAUCAACUACAAACCUAACUGGCAUGGGAGCAAUGGGUGCGUCUACUGCCAACUUGUCAACUACACCGACUUCAUCCUCAACUACAAACUUAUCUAGUUCAUCUGGAUUAGCCACUUCAACUAUGAAUUUAGCAAGUGCUGGCACAACCCCCAUGACAGGUAGUGCUGGACAAGCAUCAGAAGCCAAUGCAGGUGCUAAUGCAGGUGCUCGUACAUCUGCAACAACACCCGCUCAAUCAACAUCGAAUGCAUCAUCAACAGAUAGUGCCGCUAAUGUGAAUGGAACAGGAUCAUCUGGUUCUACUCCAGCAGAUGGAACAGGAUCUGCAGCACCCACAACAGGAACUGAUAGUUCUGCUACCACUACUAAUGCAGGAGCCACCUCAUGA